CCGAGUCAGAUUAAUAACAGUUUAUUAAGUGUUUAAACAUGUUCAGUGCUACAAGGUAUUUAUAGACAUGCGCAGUGGAAAAUAUCAGUUUACUUUCUUGUUUGUUUUGAGGAUCAACUUAAUUAUAAGUCAAGAUGGAGGUACCCGGAAGGAAGCGUGACCCUGACCUUGACAAGGGUUCCACUGACGCCACUGUCUACUGCCAGCCGUGUGGAGAGGGCGGUAAACGCGCUGUGGCCCAGGGCUUCUGUCAGACCUGCGAGCAGUACAUGUGCGCUCCCUGUGUCGAAUACCAUAAGAUAUUGAAGGUGACCAGGAACCACGUUCUGCUGUCCAAAGACAAGAUGCCCUCUUACUACCCGUCCACCAAGCAGUCAGCUAUCGCCGACACGGAGUAUUGUAAAAAACAUCCGAAAGAGAUGAUCAAGUUUUACUGCCCGACCCACGGAGACCUUGGCUGUGGUGACUGUGUCGUACCCGAUCACCGCAACUGUAAAGUUGAUUACAUCGCUGAUGUGGCUAAAGAAUUUGUCAUUGGAAAUCAAUUCAAAGAGCUGGAACCAUCAAUUAAACAAACUGAAGAUAUUUUCUCCGGGUACAUAAGUAAUGUCAAGGAACUUUUUGGCGAGAUCGAAAAUCAGACUAAGGAUGAGAUGGGCAGACUGAAGAAGUUCCGAGCAGAAAUCAACACCUACCUGGACCGCCGCGAGAAGGAGUUGCUCGACAACCUCCAUCAUGUGAAGAACGAGGAUGAAAACUUGCUGAAAACCCUAAAAAAGGAUUGUGAGUUGACGAAAGCCGGACUUGAAGCCAUGAGGAUGGAACUAACUUCCGGUGAAGUCUCGGUGAAUCAGAGAUACGUGACGGCAAGACGAGCCCAGAAGGAGCUACGAGUGAUUCGUGACGAGUUGGGGAAGACGGCUGGUAGGAUGAAGGCCCGGAAGUUCCGGUUUACUAAGGACGCGGACUCGGAGCGGCUGCUGGGAUCGAAAACAUGCAUUGGAACGCUGGACGUGGUCGAAAAUUUGAAUAUUCCUGACCUCUCUACUUUGACAUGGAAGGAGGAGGUAGACAUUGACGUGAGAGCGCCACAGGACCAGGAUACAUGCUACAUUAGCGGCCUCGCCCUGCUGUCGCCCGGUCUCUUCAUUCUGACUGAUUUCGGAAACGAAUGUGUCAAGUUGAUGAACGUCAACAGCCGCACCGUCAGUUCCCGCCUCAAACUGCCAGGGACGCCCUGGGACGUCUGUGUGCUCCCUGGUGAUCAAGCCGCCGUCACCCUCUCGGAUAACUCAAUUAUACAUCUGCUGUCUACAAAAGGAGGGCAGUUAUCAUGUGGCAAGAAAAUUAAAAUAUCGUCUUGGUGUCGUGGUAUUGGGUAUUACAACAACAGAUUUUACGUUUCUUACGUAUCUAACCCGCGUAUUGAAGUGAUGACAUUGGAUGGGCAUAUUAUAAGUACAUUCCAAACAGAAGAUAGGAGACAGCUUUUCCAAAAACCAACUUACCUAACUGUGUCAGCUUCCACACCACCGACAAUGUACGUGUCUGACUUCCAUGCACAGGCCGUCCUCCAGCUGUCUCUAGACGGGAAGGUCUUGAAAAAGUACAGGGACAAAAAGCUCAAUUAUCCCGAGUCUGUGGUGGAGGUAGAACCGGGUCAGCUGCUCGUGUGUGGCGGAAGUGGCCACAACGUGGUGCUAUUGACGGAGAGUGACGGAAAGAUGGCGGAAAUACUUGGACAGAAUGACGAACUGGCAUACCCCUACUCGGUAGCAUUCUGUCCUUACACACGUACCAUAGUUGUCGGAAUGCUCCGUACUGACUCACUUAAGGUAUUUAAUGCAAACUGACAGAGUUUCUGCAUCAUUCCUGGUUUUUUUAAUGUCCUUCGAAGAGACAACCAUGUUUUAAAUCAUGUUUGAGCAAUUGAAUGAUAAAUACAAUAUCAUUUAUUUUACAACAUAAGCUUACAGUAUUGAUUCAAAAUGAAAAGCUAUCGAUGUUUAAUGACAUGUACAUGUAUCUGAUAAAUAUCAAGCGUAUGUUGCAGUUAUGUUUAGCAAAAUGUAGGAUAACGAAAAGUGUUGAUAAAGUAAUUCUAUUUUACAACUUUUCCUUAAGAAUUUUAGGUGUUUAGUAAUGUUGUUUUACAUGAAAGGGGUUUGAUUUUCCAAUUAAAUUAUAUACAAGUUAUUUAAAUAGGCUCUAAUGAGUUAAAUCUGACAUCGCUCAAAUAUGACUACAUUUUGUCCCAAUUGCUCAGAACUUUGCUAAAGUUAACAACGUGAUUGACGAGAUCGUUGUUAACUUUCAAAUCAUCACUGCUCUGGCAGUGUAAUGGAUACAUUUGUGAAUUGCAGUAUUCCUAACAGUAUUUGAGGGCACUGUUCCAUCUGCACUUGUUUUUUUUUAAUAUGGCAUUACAUCAUCAAAAAUUGCGGUUAAAAGUUUACAACGAUGUCUUUAAUCACGUUGUUAGCUGAAACAAAAGUCUGAACAAUCGACCCUUUAAGUUAAUGAAAACGUUACGAUGAAAACAAGUACUAUGCUGAAAUUGUCAAGUGUAACUCGAGCCUCAUUUCAGAGUAUCUUCCUUUAAAGAAGUUUGACAAAAUGUUAACUUGUUUUAGAAUAUGUAUGUAACUUUUCUUAAUUAAGACAUGACAUGAACAUGACCGAAGAUUUUCCUCAACAUUUAUAAUUAUCGGUUGAGACAUCUUGUAAAUAAAUGUGAGUUGAUUGGGCUCUGUUAUGUUAUAGAAUCACUUUGUGUUCGCAAAGCUAUUUUUAAUAAUUCAUCUUAAAGAUGUUCAUCCUGGUGUCCAUACUGUUUCCCUUACUUCAACAUUAUUGUAUUAUACACAUAUCUAUAUUUAUAUCUCAUACAACAAUAUACUUUGCUGAUGUAACACAAAAUGUAGCUUUUCCUAACUAACAAUGUACAUUCAUUUGACAUAUAUCAAAUAAUUAUAUGUAUUUUGACGAUUGGCGUAUGUACAAGGUAUAAUAAACGGCCACUGUAAGUAGAACUGUAGACAUAUUUUAUCCAAAUUUCUUUCACGAUUAAGUAAAUAAUUGUAAAUGGCCUUCGAAACAAAAUAGAACAUUGAGUGUUGUAUUGAAAGGUUCAUUAAUGCAAUUUCCUGGGAGUACAGCUAAAUUAUUUGAUAAAAUAAACCACAUUUUAAGCUAGAAUGUGUUAAGAAGUUUCUACGUCUGGUCCAUCGGGUCAUAUUCCAGGGAGGGGACUAUUUCUAGGGGCAGGGAGUUAUUACUUUUACAACCAGAAACAUGUCAUUUUCUGUUUUACAGCCAAAAAGGGCAACAAGGUAACUAACAAAUAAAGGGGAAUUGCUCUUAUGAGCCGUGUACUCCUCUUAAAUCAAUAAACUACUGAUAAUUAGGUGUGAUUAAGGUUUUGUUUUCGGCAAAUGACGCCAUAUUUUGUCUAAAAUUGUUAAGAAGCUAAACAACGGACUGCGUAUAUUGCGCAUGCGUUGACAUAAAGGAAUGUUUUGACAGCGUGAAUAGAAAUACUCUAUGCUUUAAGAUGUCUUAAAUAGGAAUAAGUAGUAAAAUGCCUAGAAUUGUGAGAUCUUUGUAUGCUUUUGUUAGACAUUGCAAUUAGUAUCCAGAUUUUAUUGGAAUAUCAAUAGGUUUAACGCAAUAUGAUAUUUGAUCUGAUAUGAUAUGAGAUAUGAUCUUUUCUAGUCCAUCUUUAUAGUUUUAAGCUUAAUAGUAAUAUUCCCCAGUAUUUGUUUAUAUUAUUGACACAAAUAAGGACAUAUCAUGUCACAGUCUAAGAAUUAAAACUGGGCGAUAUGGAAGAAAUCGCAUUGACAUAAAUCUUAGAUACUGUGAACUAUGUGAUACUGUGGACAUAGAAGAUGAGUUUCAAUUCUUGUACAUUUGUAGUAAAUAUAAAGUUAUAGGCAAGCGAUAUUUAACUAAAUACUAUAUUGAAAGACCUAACACGAUGAAAAAAAUAGUGUCGAUAAACACAAGUAAACUAAAAUACGUACUAAUUUGUUAAUUCAAUGAUGUUUUUUCUCUAUUAUGUAUGUUUCAUAAACAUAAGACAUAAAAACUAUGUUAUAUGCUUGUAAAUUGAAUACUUAUAAUUAUUGAUACAAGUAUAAUAUUUUCAUAGAUAAUGUGUUUUGAUGCAUGUUCUCCUGAGUAAUAGUAUAUAUUUGACAUGUUUGUAAUGCAUUCUAGAUGGAAUACACGAAAUGGUAUAUUGACUGUUGUUUUUAUGUGUAACAAAGUUGAUGGAUGAUGAACUGUAUGUUUAAAUUUUUGAAUUAACUAUUACUGUUCUUAUUGAAUUUUUAAAUAUGAAUAUGUAAAGCAGAAUAACAAUCUUCUUUCUAUGAUUUUGAUUGUAUUUAGUAAGCAUGUGGUUAUACACAACUUUUGAUGUCCCCCUCAUUUCCACUUCCACUCAACUACUUAAAAGGAUGGAUACAUUUCUGUUUAUGAACGAAAAUCGUAAUACUGGAGUUUCAAUUCUCGCGUCUAUUUUUGCAGACACUGUAUAUUGUCAGCAUAUAAGUAUCUGCCAUAUGGCCCGGGAUAUGUAUAUUGAGCGAAUCAAAUUGUAUGCAAACGAACUCUCGCGAAUAUCAUUGCGCCAAUGUUAUUUUUAUUUCAAAGAUACAGACGAUACCUGUUUGAUUUAGUGUAAGAUCGUAAUGUAUUUUACCGAGCGUGCACCAAAAUUAUGUUAAUUUAUAUUAUAUUCACUUUUGGUAUUAACGAGGUGAACUAUAUUGCUAUCUUACACUGAAACAAACAUUUCCUUUUCUUUUUAUUAAAUGGUUAAGUUUGGAAUUUGUUUACACGUUUUAGAAAAUACUCUAAUUUGUAUGCGCAUGUAACGCCAUUUCGGAAAUGACGUCUUUAAAAUUUAGUCCCAACCCUAUGCCCGCGGACGUUUGAUUGGGAACCGAGAGUGGGCUUAAAUUUCAAAACAGUUAAAUGUAUAAAACUGAUAAUUCACUUUUUGAAACAACGAAAUGUUAAUUUAUAUAUCACUGUAUAGGGGCCAGACCCAGAAUCAAAACCGGAACGCACAGGCGCUGUAUAUCGUUCAUUGUCGUUUUGCCCCCUAUUUGUGCCUCUAACAGGGUUUAAUGUUACAUGUUUGACUAUUAAGCUUGUCAUGUACUAACUAUUGUAUAUUGAUUUCCAAGUGAAAAACAACACCGGUCAUAACUUCUGCCAAAUGUUGAUAAAACCUGUUUAGAAUGUGUGUCUCUUAAACUAAAAUAAUUUGUGUUGAAGUUUGACUUCUAUAAUUAUCACAAUGUCUCUAAAACUAUCGAUCGAUAAAAACAAAAGUUUAACACUUGACCCGAUCUCUAUGAAAUUUGGUCUGAUUAUCUAUCUAUACUACAUCUAAACAAUCGAAAUAUUUGAAUAUGUCGGGUCAAAACUGGGUCACAAUCUGAAAUGCUUGGGGAAAACGACAAUUCACCAUUGGCGACACUUUAUAUGCCACUUUUCUUCAUGAUGUUCAUGAGACUAUGUUAGUGAAAUUGAUGAAAAAAAUAUUUCGACCAUGUUCGAACAAGAGCAGUGUCACUCGAUAAAUAACUGAAAACGUUGUUAAAAACAUGUCCGCCAGAGUUUCCACAUAAGUUUUAUGAGGCUAUGUCAUACUAUGGGCCUCUCUGAAAACUAAAUCAAGUUAAAUUUUAGGAUAAUGUCGUGUAAAGUAAUAAUUUAACUAGGUCACAUUGCGAGUGCCAUAAACGCGUGAAUGAGGCUUUCCUAGUAUGCUGACCUAAAUGGGGUUGUAAAUGACACACUGCCUACUUCAUUCUAAGGAGAACCAGAACAAGCCGAAAGGUAUAUGCCUUCUGAUAAAAAAAUGCGGCAGGAUUAUAUUGAUCCGGCUUGAAAACUAUUCCGGCUCUCUGCCUAUCGGAUAGCAUGACGCACCUAAUAACAAAUAAUAAUAAAACUCUUUUAUGCUAACCAGACUUUAAAUACUUUUGACAGAGUAUAUCCCCAGAAUUAAUUAUGCAUGUGGCCUCUGGAGCCUUAACAAAGUGAUUUUCAAAUUAUGUAGACACAAGACAACUUAGGAAUGUAUUAAAUAUUUCGCAAUUUUGCGGGAAAUUAUCAACCGUUAUUAAACCAGAUGCUUCAAAAUUUAAGUUCUACAUAACAUAUCAGCUUAACAUUUUCAUGUGUAUGUCUAUGAUCGAAUAUAUCAUUAACAGCUUUUCUUUAAAUACGCAAAUACAAUGUA